AGCCGCGACAGUCCAGCUGCAGCACCGGCGAGGCGAGAGUCGACCCAGCAGGUCAGCAAUGAAGGACGCAGGCAGCAAACUGAAGCAGCCGUUCCUGCACGGACUGGCACUGAAGGAUGCACCGGACAACAGACAGGACAACAUAGCUCACAUCAGGAGCUGGCUGGACUGCCAGCCUCACCUGCCCGAGAUCACAGACGACCACUUGCACCUGUUCCUGCACAGCUGCUACGACAACCUGGAGAGGACCAAGACCACCCUGGAGAACUACUUCAGCUUCAAGUCCCUCACGCCGGAGCUGUUCAGCAACCGGGACCCGCUCUCGGAGGAGCUGCAGCACAACCUGGACAUAUGGGAGAUGGCCAUGCUGCCGCGCAGAACGCCCGAGGGUUACAUCGUCUCGGUGACGAGGUUCGUGGACCUGAACCCCAGCAAGUUCGUGUUCCUGCACAACAUGAAGAACUUCUUCAUGUUCGCCGACACCUGGCUGUCGGAGGACGGCCUGGCGCCGGGCAUCGUCACAGUGUUCGACGCGCAGGGCGUCUCGUUCGGCCACCUGGCGCGCAUCUCGCCGCUCGGCCUCAUCAAGAAGCUGCUCUUCUACGUGCAGGAUUGCAUGCCCAUAAGACUGAAAGCCGUUUAUAUAAUAAACACAGUUCCUGUCGUGGAUAAGAUAAUGGCUUUGGUGAAACCAUUUCUGAAGAGCGAGCUGGCAUCGCUGAUACACAUCCACACGUCUGUAGACACCUUGGGAGAAGGACUUCCCUUGGAGAUCCUGCCGGAGGAAUAUGGCGGCAAGGCUGGUUCGCUGACUGCACUCUACAAGGAGCAGAGGCGUGCCGUGGAGACGGAGUACGCUGAUUGGCUGAUCCAGAGCGAGGACCUGCGGUCGGACGAGUCCAAGAGAGUGGGCGAGUCCAAGGUCAAGGACACACUCUUCGGGGCCGAGGGAUCCUUCAGGAAGCUGGACAUCGACUGAGACGCACUCACACGUUACCUGCCUGCCUUCAGGGUUGCGAUUGUGUACCUACAUUUAAUUAAAACAAUAUCAGCACCGACUUUAAUUCUAGGUCGUGAUGUUUGCUCAAAUAAUAAAGAAUUUAAAUAAAACUCUUUUGGAACCAAAUAUCACGUUAAAGGAUUCUGUAUGCUAUGAUAAUUUGAUGUUUACAAUUUCUUCUGUAAAAUCAUUAAGAAAUUAUUCCAAAAUGUUCACGUUGGAUGGAAACUCUCCAAAUUAACUUUAUGUAUUUUGCAGGAAGAUUUGUUUAUUAUUUAAAGUUUAAUUUUAUAAUGAGUGUAUGUAAAGUACUUAUACAGAAAUACCUAUAAAGAUUUUUUUUUACGGAUAGAAUUUAAAUUUUCUAAAAAACUACCCAUAUAUUUUGUAAAUAAAAACUUUUCUGAAUGGUUUGUACGCACUAAUUUUCUAUGUAUAUGUACUUAAAUUUAGAUAUUUGCAAUAAAGUUUGUUGUUUAUUUUACCUAUGGAUAUAUA